CUCUCACCCUCCCUCCCUUCCAAACCCAUGCUCUGCAGAGGGGAGAUUGACACAGCAUUUUCAGCCCAGGGUGUAUGAGUACGCACAGGAGAGCGCGCACACACAGGAUUAUAGUCAGCGAAGGAGGCAGCGGAGGACAAUAACGGAUUAAAAGAGAGAAACAACAGGGAUAACAGAAUGAAUAAGUGAUGAAGAAGAAACUAAAAGAAGAAGCUAAAAGAGAGGAAGAAUAAAAUAAAGGAUCACAGACUACAUGAAUCUAAGAAUGUGGGACCUUUGCCCUGGACAGUGAACGUGGGAUUUUGAGAGGUGAAGUGGUGGUACACAAGGAAUUCAAAUUACAACUAAGUGACAGAAAACAACAACUAAGUUGCAGUUGGACCAAGCACCACUUCCAUGGUGGAGACCUGAUCUUUGGGAGCAGGACAGAGUCUGGCCUCCCACCCAGGCCCCAUAUCAGUGAUCACUGGUGCCAUGGGAACAAGUAGGUCCAGCAGGUACAGCAUUGUGUCAGCCUUUUUACCAGAGGAGGAACGCCAGAAGAUCUCUAGCUUAGGACUCCACAACGGCCACAGUUCCCCCAACAUCCGACUGCACUCAGCCUGCGACACAGAGACAGAAGACAGUAGGAGGAGGUCGGGAACCUCUGCUGUCGUGCACAGCACAAGGGGACAAGGAGGGAUGAACAACUACAACGGGAAGAUUCUGACAAGGGGCUCCAGCCAAGUACGGAGCCGGUUUGUAAAGAAAAAUGGACAAUGUAAUGUUUUAUUCACCAACAUGGAGGAAAAGAGGCAGCGCUACCUAGCUGACAUCUUCACCACCUGCGUGGACAUCCGCUGGAGAUACCUGCUGCUUAUAUUCUGCGCCAGCUUCAUGGUCUCGUGGCUUUUCUUUGGCAUUAUCUUUUACAGUGUCUCCCUGGCACAUGGGGACUUUGAGGAGCUCCCUUCAGUGAAGGGUGAUGGGCUGGCGGUGGGGGGGCUGCAUGGACCCACUUCUGGACAUACAGCUGGAGGGCAGGCACAAAGGAUGCCCUGCAUACUUCAUGUCCAGGGCUUUGUUGGGGCACUCCUGUUCUCUAUGGAGACCCAGACCACCAUUGGUUAUGGCUGGCGCUGCGUUACCGAGGAGUGCCCUGUCACUGUGAUAACAGUGGUUAUUCAGUCCAUUGUGGGCUGCAUCAUUGACUCUUUCAUGAUUGGCACCAUCAUGGCCAAAAUGGCGCGGCCAAAGAAGAGGAACCAGACCCUUGUGUUCUCCAAAAAUGCUGUCAUCGCCCUGCGCGAUGGCAAGCUGUGCCUCAUGUGGAGAGUGGGCAACCUGCGGAAGAGCCACAUCGUGGAGGCUCAUGUCCGUGCCCAGCUCAUACGUUCAUAUGUCACAGCUGAGGGUGAAUUUAUACCCUUGGAGCAGAUGGACCUCAAUGUGGGCUAUGAUGAAGGCACAGACAGGCUGUUUCUAGUAUCCCCGCUGGUUAUAGUCCAUGAGAUAGAUAAAGAUAGCCCCUUGUAUACUUUAAGCCGAGCUGAUCUGGAGACAGAUGACUUUGAGGUUGUUGUGAUCUUGGAGGGGAUGGUGGAGGCCACGGCCAUGACCACCCAGUUCCGUAGCUCUUACCUUGCCAGAGAGAUCUUCUGGGGUCACAGGUUUGAGCCUGUGAUUUAUGAGGACCGGGACCGCUACAAGGUAGACUACACUCGCUUCAACAAGACCUAUGAGGUGCCGUCAACGCCCCACCUUAGCGCCAAAGAGCUUGACGAGGCUGCAAGCCGGGCUUCUUCUGCCGCUUCUCCUGUCUCUGCAUGUAGAACCACACAAGACUUGAUUCCCAGGUCGCUGAGCGCCUUUUGUUAUGAGAAUGAGGUAGCAUUGAGCUGUGGGGAAGAAGAUGAUGACAUCUUCGACUCCUCCCAGAUUGUAGGGAAGGAGAAGGCAGAGGAGAGGAGGACUUCAGUUUCUGUAGACUUCCAAAAUAUGUUCCAGGACACUGCCACCAUGACAUCAGGCAGUCACAACGUCAUGUGUGUUCUGGACAUGGACAAUAACCAGAUGGAGUUUGACAUCCUACAGACUGCCAUCCCUCUUGAUCCAGUGACCUAUAAGAGUGAGCAAGAGAUCUAAAGAGUGCAGGGAGAGUGGAUUGCCACUUGUCCCUCUUUUUUCACCCACAAUUCCUUUCAACUUUAUCUACAGUGAGUUGGACCUGAAGAGGGAUUUCUCUGUGAUGUUUUGGACUGCAUGUACAGAAAUUUAAACCCCCUUUGCCUUGCCAGUGUUGUUUUAUAUUUAUAUUUGUUUUUUCUUCUUAUUGAGAUCAGAAAUUAAGAAAAAGAAGAAAUUGUUUUCCUGAAUUUCCUUUUGGCCCAUGCAACUGCAUUCCUUGAAGAGCCAUAAUGAUCAACCAGACCAGACAAAGAAUCUCUGACAAAGCACUGAUGGGCUUUUGGCUCCCUUUUAUUAUGAUUUCAUAACCAAAGGAAAGCACAAUAGCAGAAAAAAAUAUCCAGAAACUUGAGUCAUGUUUUAGGCUAUAUGUACAUUUUGCAUAGUGAAAUAAAUUAACUUUAUUUAAGAAUUUCCUUUUUUUCUGUGAAUGUAAACAAGAGAUUAUAUGAAAGCAAUAGCAGUUUUGAUUCUCUUCUCUUCCUUUUUGAAGAGGACUGAGCUCAAGUCUUACAUGGUCAAUUUCUAAGAUUUUUUAUCAAAGUGUGGUUGAUUUAUGCUUGAUAAUCUCCAUGUGGUUCAUGAAUUUCAAUGGUCAUCAAGCCUGCAAUAGUUCCUUGCAAAGUCUGCUAUUUUCACUUUUGUGAGACUGCCUAUUUUCUUAAAUAAUUUCCUGUAAAACAUAAAAAAACCUCCCUUUAUUUAGGCGUUUUAGUAUACAGUAGUGAGAAACUACUGUUGUUGAUUUUGCUGUGCAGUAUACCAACUACCAAGACCAUUCCAAGUGCAAUCACUAAGUGUAGCAGAAGGAGUAUUUUUCUGAAUUCGAUAAAGAUUCCUUAAGACAAUAACUUUUGACAAAUGUCUUGAUUUGUUGCAAUUUAAGAAGACAUCAUUGCAUUUUAAAUCUUAUGUUAAAAACACAUUUUUUCUUCUGAAAACAAAGUUGAAUUUUAAGAGAAUAUAUUGAAAACAAAAUAUAUUAUUAUAUUUAACUUAGUAGCAAGAAAGACUUUUAUUAGAUUAGAAGUACUAAAAAUAGUCUAACUAAUAUUAAUCUAUUAGUGUUCAUCAAUCAAUAUAAAGCAAAGAACUUUUGUUCACUUCAUGGAUCACUUCAAAAUGUUUUUCUUGGUUUGUUUCUUGUGGAGGCUGUAGCCAGUGAUAACAAACAAUACUGAGAAGUGGCUUUAAUUCAUGUUUGUGCUGUUGUUGUUCGCCAAAGGUCUGGAGUUGGAAAGUAGAGCGCCUCUGAUUUAUGAUUUGGAAACUGGGGUGCAUGCACCCUAAGUGUACUCAUGGUCUUUGAUCGUGGAAAGGUGUGAAGCCUCUGUAAAAGCAGGAAACAAAGGGAUGAAGGUUGAGUAAUACAGUGUUUGGAAAUGUGCAAUAAAUCACUGGAUUGGUACAGUGAGAAUAAAGUCAAGUUUAACUGUAUGUAAAGGUAAAUUGCUGUAAAGUAAGUUGUUACGAUGGUUGUAAAAUACAUGACAUUUAAAAAAACAGUUGUCCUCCUUUUUGCGGGGGCAGCAAAACAGCAGGUUCAGCAUACUGGGAGAAGCAGGUGGUAUAUGACACAAAUUAAAAGCUAUCAUUCAUAGACAAAACAUAUCUAACUGAUUUUGAAAUACCUGUAAUUAAACUUAAUUUUACUGACAUUACUGUAUUAUUCAAAUGUGUCCAAGUUCUCCCAUCUGGUUCUUCAAGCGAACUAAAAACCAACAAAUGUUUAAAUACCAUUUGGCCAUGAUGUGGACAGUGACCAUUUAGGUAAUUUAUGUAAAAUGAAUAUUUUUUUUUCCCUGUCACCUUUGGUUCUGACAAUACUGCAACUCUCAUUCUUGAAAGACUUUUAUUGUUUUUUUUUUCAUUUGUGAAUUAGUUUUUGCUGGUUAUAUUGCUUAAGCAGGCGUGUGUUUUUGUAUCAACAUGGCUGUGUGUGAGAGAGAAACUGAGAUUAUGUGCGUCUGAGCAACGAGCAUUCAGUAGUGUUAGAUUUCAAAAUUUAUAUUGUCUAAAUUUUCAUUGCAAACUUACACAAUAUCCUGGAACAUAUUAAUCACAUGUAACCGUUUUAUUGACAAACAUACACUGCCAGCCAAAAGAAAAAUAUCAUAUUGCAUUUAGAGAUUAUUCUAAAGCAAUAUAUUCAUUAAUGUGUUAUAAAUAACUGCUAUACGUAUAUGUAUAUGUAACUUGUAAGUAACCUAGAUAAUUAGGCUCCUGUAACAGGCAGCUGUACUGUACUGUAUGAGUGUGUACUAUACUAUAUAUUUGUUUUACAUUUGAUGUCUAGAUACUAUGUUUUUCACAGUACAGCAGGACUGCCAGAACAUUUUAAUCAGAAUUCUGGCCAGUUUCCAGAUGUUUAACUCUUCAAAGACACAUUAAGGUUUCUUAGCGAUGUCUUUUUACUGAGUGUCUUCAGUGCUCCAAACACUUGAAUGUUUAUUUUUAAAGCUCCUGAAUACUGGCUCACUGGUAAAUGUUUUACUGGGACACCUAAAUGGAACUGAGCCAUCAUUAAUGUCAUUAGUUCCACCUGUGCUUUUCCUGCUGUGAAAAUGACCUGUUGGUGGGCUCUCUCAGAUCAUAAUUGGCACUUCUAAUUAGUGCUUUAUUGCAUGCAGGUGUUGAAACACGUAGACAGUGUUAGUAUGAAAAGUAACAAAUAUACAGUGCAGUAUGUUUUCUGGUGACUCACUGAAUUAAUUCCAAUGAAAUAAAAAGUCAUAAAACACUUAUAGGUAAAAAAUACAUUGUUCAAAAGUUUUGACUGGCAGUGUAUUAAAGUCUUUCUGUAGUGUUUUGAAUUGUAUAACUAGUUCAUAUUUCAACAUAAAUGCAGAAGGGAAGCCAACUUGAAUACAAGAAUACAACAUCUGUAAAUGCCAUUUUGUGUAACAGACAAAGUAUUUUGUUUCCUUUGCUUCUGCUUUGUAUAAAUCUAAUGAUUUUCCAACCCCUGCUUGGAGAUAAAUAUGCACUAAGCAACCUAUUGAACUAAUUGAAAUAAGCUGAAAAGAAAAAAUCUCAAGUACAAAGCACUUUAUUCUUCCUUGCAUACCUUUUGAUGUUGCAAAUAAAUAUUUAUAUAAU